AUGGUUGAAGUAUUUUAUAAUCGUCUCUUUGAAGUUAUCGAUUUAUCAGUACCUAAACGUAAGACUAUUUCAGCAAAACAUCCUAACUGGUUCAAACGUAGCUUGGUUAAAUUAUUAUCAGAGAAAGAAAAAGUUCGCAAUAAAUAUCACAAAUACAAUAACCCUAGAGAUAAUAUAGAAUUUCAAAUACUUCGCAGUCGAUGUCACAAACUCUUUGUUUCAUGCUUUAACGAUUUUAAACACAAUGCAGAGUCUGAUAUUUCAAAAAACCCAAAACACUUUUGGAAAUACUUUAAACAUAAAAAGAAAGGUGAGUUAUCUCUACCCUCGUCCAUGAAAUUGGAUAACAAAGUUGCAAAGUCUGGAACGGAAAUAGCCAAUCUUUUUGCAACCCAUUUCUCAUCCAUUUACACCGAAAUAUCUCAUAUCAUGACGGCAAACUUUAAACAAAAAAGCAAUGUUACGCAAUUGAGUAACGUCAACGCAGAACAAUUUGUUCGUGCUGAACUAAUUAUUCAACACAAUACAGCGCAAGCUACCGCGCUUAAUGCUGCGCGUGAAACUGAUGUCAGAAAUGCUCCCAUGUUACGUGUUGAUAAAAAAAUUGUCGAGGACAAUGAUACAUUUUGUGAAGACAUGGAAGAACGAGCUGUCAUGUCAGAUGAAUAUUUUCUAGGAAGCAUUCGAGGAUUAAAUAUCCAACAAAGGGAUUUAUUUCAGAAAGUUUCAACGACAAUCGAAAACGAUUUGCAUAGACAAGAAAGUCAGCAAUUACUUUUUAUUACGGGCGGCAUAACCUAUCCAGGCGGAGUGGAAGUGGAGGAAGGCAAUGAGAUUACUCCAACACAAGCGAAGGAUCAGCCCACUGUGUCGUGGGACACUGAGCCGAAUGCCUUCUACACUAUCGUUAUGAUUGACCCUGAUGCGCGAAACCGUGAAUGGCAACACUGGCUGGUGGGCAACGUUCCUGGAUCGGACGUUUCUAAAGGCGACGUCCUCGCAACAUACGUGGGCGCUGGACCGUCACCAGGCACCGGUCUACACCGAUACGUCUUCCUUGUCUACAAGCAACCGGACAAGAUUGAAUUCGACGAGGAGCGCCGGCCUAACGUUUCCCCAGACGGGCGCUUGGGUUUUUCGAUUGCAAAAUUUGCGGAAAAAUACAACUUUGGCAAACCAGUGGCCGGCAAUUUCUACCUGGCGCAGUAUGACGACUACGUACGCUUGCUCAACAAGGAACUUGGCGAUUAA